AUGACGACCAUGGAUUUGCGUGUCGGUAACAAGUACCGCAUUGGCCGCAAGAUCGGUAGCGGUUCUUUUGGUGAUAUUUACCUUGGAACCAACAUCAUCUCCGGAGAAGAAAUUGCCAUUAAGCUGGAGAGCGUCAAGGCCAAGCACCCCCAGCUUGAAUAUGAAGCUCGUGUCUACAAGUCUCUUGCCGGUGGUGUCGGUAUCCCCUUUGUCCGCUGGUUCGGUACUGAGUGUGACUACAAUGCUAUGGUCAUCGAUCUUCUGGGCCCUAGUCUGGAGGAUCUCUUCAACUUCUGUAACCGCAAGUUCUCGUUGAAGACAGUGCUUCUUCUCGCCGAUCAGCUCAUUUCCCGUAUCGAGUACAUCCACGCCAAGUCGUUCAUCCACCGCGACAUCAAGCCUGACAACUUCCUUAUGGGUAUCGGUAAGCGUGGAAACCAAGUUAAUGUGAUUGAUUUCGGUCUUGCAAAGAAGUACCGGGACCCCAAGACUCACUUCCACAUCCCAUACCGUGAGAACAAGAACCUCACUGGUACUGCUCGUUAUGCCAGUAUUAACACUCACUUGGGUGUUGAGCAGUCUCGUCGUGAUGAUAUGGAGUCUCUCGGUUACGUGAUGCUCUACUUCUGCCGUGGAUCUUUGCCUUGGCAGGGUCUGAAGGCUGCUACUAAGAAGCAGAAGUACGACCGCAUUAUGGAGAAGAAGAUGACUACCCCCACUGAGGUUUUGUGCCGUGGUUUCCCCAACGAGUUCGCCAUCUACUUGAACUACACUCGUUCGCUCCGCUUUGACGACAAGCCCGACUACUCUUACCUUCGCAAGAUCUUCCGUGACCUCUUCGUCCGCGAGUCUUUCCAAUACGACUAUGUCUUUGACUGGACCGUCUACAAGUACCAGAAGAACGCUGCUAUGAUUGUUGACGCUACCAAGAAGGACAAGGACGAUGAACAGGUACGUCGUCAGGGUGCUCCUGCCGCGGGCCCUAUUCCUGGUGGUGCUGCCAAGCCUGGCGCCAUCUCGGGGCAACGCCGCAAGGUCAUUGACCGUGGCACCCUUGACAACACUGCGGACCCCAACCGUGCCGUGGGAGGGAGUGAUAGGAUUCUUCGGCGUUAG